UAUAUAAUUAUUGGUAUAAUCUAUCUCUCUUGCAUCUUAGUAUUUAUUUCUAAAUUAAAUAACUCACGUAAAAAAUCUACAAUUUGUACACUCGCCUAUAAGGGUUAUCAAAUAAUAAAAUCUAACUAGUUAAUUCGCUAUCUAUUUCCCUCUACGCAACCAGUAAUUAUUACAAUAAGAUUUUACACUGUUCACUGAUAAACAUAAUAUAAACGAUUAUUCGAUGAUUUAUAUUUUGUUGGUAGAAACGUAUGAUUUUUUUAUUAAUUGAAUAGUUUGAUUGCAAAUAAAAUAUUAAAAAUCAUUUUAAACAAUUCGUUUUUUCUUUAUAUGCUAUUUACGGUGUGUACGAAAUACGAAGUUAAUUUAUUAUAUAUUUAAACUUUUGAGUAAGCAUGACUUUGCCAAAACAGGAAGAUGAACCGACUAAAUCGGUAGUGAAAAACGAAUUGAUUUUGGCUGAUGGUUGGGCGUUGAAUUUGCUACAAAAAAAAAAUGUGGGCUAUGCAUCUACAUGCGCUUCAGUCGGUCAAAUAAUUGGUAUAAUUUUGAGUGCCGUAUCCCUCAUUCUGUUUACGUCAGAAGACUUUGAUAAUAAGUAUUUAGCAAUAAUGUCUAGUAUAAGAGGAAUAAUGACUAUGAAAAGUGUAUUUAUGGUUUGGGAAAUUUUAUAAAUGGCAAUUACAGCUUUAAUUGCAAUUUUCAAAAAUGAAAAAGAUUACCUAAUAGAGAAUAAUGAAACUAAGCUUACCAUUUUUCAAAACUAUACUGUUUUAUGGGACAUUAUAAAAUUAUUGUGUAAACAUUAUUUUGUAAUUAUAAGAAUUUAUAAACUUAUCUUUUGAGUAUGGAUAUAAUUUUAACAUUUUAAUAUAACGUUAUACAAUAUUGACUUCACAUUAUAAUUUAUGUUUUUAAUUAUAGCCCUGAUUCUUUAUUCUAAUAAAACUAUUGUAAUAAU